AUGAAGGCAUCCUCUAUUCUGACUCUGGCAGGUCUAUUAUCCUCAGUCAAUGCUCAUGGAUACCUGACCAUUCCCUCAAGUCGUACUAGGCUUGGAUUUGAGGCUGGCAUUGAUACCUGCCCUGAAUGUUCCAUUCUUGAACCAGUCUCUCCUUGGCCAGACCUCGAAAAGCCCCAAGUUGGCCGAAGCGGACCAUGUGGUUACAAUGCUCGAGUCAGUGUUGACUAUAACCAGCCCAGCGCUCACUGGGGCAACUCUGUGGUCGCCACAUAUACUGCAAACCAAAUCGUGGACGUGCAAUGGUGUGUCGAUGCCAAUGGCGACCACGGUGGCAUGUUUACCUACGGUCUCUGCCAGAAUCAGACUCUAGUCGACUUGUUCCUCGAUCCCAACUACCUUCCGACCAAUGCAGAGAAACAAGCUGCCGAAGAUUGUUUCCUGGAGGGUGAAUUGAAAUGUACAGACGUUUCUGGACAGACCUGUGGCUACAAUCCUGACUGCACCUCUGAUCAGCCAUGCUGGCGCAAUGACUGGUUCACCUGCAAUGCAUUCAACGCUGACAGCCGACGCGCUUGUCAGGGCGUAGAUAACGCCCCAUUAAACUCCUGCAAGACAACCAUUGCCGGUGGUUACACUGUUACGAAGAAAAUCAAGAUCCCAGACUAUGACUCGGCCCACACUCUGCUGCGGUUCCGGUGGAACUCGUUCCAGACGGGUCAAGUUUAUCUUCACUGUGCCGAUAUCGCCGUUGGGGGUACCGGGGGAGGAUCGACUUCGACUGCCAGCGCUACAACUUUGACCACGAGCAAGACUGGCACCGCCACGACCUCGACAGCAACUACUACAGCAUGUGCUACUCCUGCCACCAGCGUCUCGGUAACUUUUAGCGAGCUGGUUACCACGUCAUAUGGUCAGAAUAUCUUCGUCACCGGGUCAAUCAGCCAGUUGGGCUCUUGGUCUACCUCGUCGGCGAUCGCUCUAUCUGCAGGCUCAUACACAUCGUCUAACCCAUUGUGGACUGCCAGUAUUAGUCUACCCGCUGGUACCACCUUUGAGUACAAGUUCUUCAAGAAGGGCUCGGACGGUAGCAUUACCUGGGAAAGUGAUCCUAACCGGAGCUAUACUGUCCCAACAGGUUGCUCUGGAACUAUCGGAACUGCAAAUACAACCUGGCGGUAG